UUAAGUGCAGGAAUAGCGAUUUUGUAUCGGAAUUCCGGUAACAGUGGAUCGGAAGCCAUCAGGAGCAGAGCCGACGCUAUUUAUCACUCAGCAGUGACAGUGAACCAUACAAAGGAUAAUCGUCAAGAUGAGUCGAGACCAAAGAUCACGGCUUUUUAAAAGCGCUCUUCUUUUUUUCGUCGGAUGCUUUUGUGGCAACUAUUGGGUGAAGUUCAACAUGUCAGCCGAAACUAUAGCUAAAAGAGAAGCGGGCUCCAUACAAGCUCCGCCCGGUUACGAAGUCAAAACAAUCCUACGCUCCCUACGCCGGGAACCGGAGGACAUACCGACAGAAAAAGAGACCCCUUGUAAGUGCGGUGGACAGAGACCUGCGCACUACAUGGCACCAUGGCAACUGGCCAAUAAACAAAAAGAGCAGAAAGCAAGUUUGGAAAGAUUUGAGAGACGGCGCAUUGAUCUAAGGGAUGUUUACAACCAAGUGGAAGGGUCUUCCCCAAUCAGCUACCCGGCUCACGGUGUCUACUGUAGACCCUUGAGAACAGUCCGGUUAAAAGGAGUUCGCAUAGAAUGGUUCGAUGCCAGUGCAAUCCAAGGUCAACCCCAGCUAACGGCACACCUCAGCGGAGAGAAGGGGGUUUUCGAGCUGGUCAGCAGUGUGGACUAUGUAGCAGUGGAAGGGGAGGGGGGCGCCAAAAUGACCAUCCGCACGUCCAACCCAUCUCUGCUGAACAGACAACUACAGUACAUCGUGUAUCGCAAUACGCAGUAUGAUGCGAACACAUUCGACUUAGUGCGGCUUCAAUACGAUGGUUUUACUGCAACCAUACCCAUACACAUCCAGCAAGUCCAGUUGCCCUGGCUAUAUGACCAAAAAGGAGGAAAGUUCCAAGACAGAGUGACCGCGGUGGUGAAGACCUUCUUCCGGUACAGCAACCUGAAACGGCUGAUCGCGUCCAUCCAGGAGCACUACCCCGGGACCAGGAUGGUCAUCGCAGACGACACUCCCGCCAAGCUCUUCACCAGCGUUCAGGGGAAAAACGUCGAUCAAUUCCGGAUGCCGGAAAACAUAGGUUACUUCGCCGGCAGAAAUCUGGGUUUAUCCCAGGUGUCAACAGAAUACUUCCUGUACACUGACGAUGACCACUACAUCAGGAAUGAUACAAAACUGCACAUGCUUGUAUCACUGUUGGACAACACAAACUUCCACCUGGUGAGCGCAACGUACGAGAAGAGAGAGUCGAAGUUUUCCAGCACGUUAGAAGUCACUGGGGACGAGAACAACAUCUGUCUUCUUCAGCGGUACGAACCCAACCACUUUCACGAGAUACCGGGCUUCCCAGGUUGUUACGCCAACGAAAUUUGCCAAAAUUUCUUCAUGGCGUCAACAAACGAGGUGAAGUCCAUUGGGUUCGACCCAGAUCAAGCAUUGGCAAGGAUCGGACACGAAGAGAUUUUCCUCUCGGCACUUGGAAGGCUCCGGACUGCCGCAUGUCGCAACAACGUCAUUGGGCACAACCGCAAAGGUGGACCUGAAUUCAAAGACUACGGCAAGUUUAGAAACCCCGGAGAAAAAUCGGAAGCACUAAGGUUCAAAUAUAACCUGUUCAAGCACAACCUAGCCUGUACACAGAUAGACUGGGGUAUGAAUACAACUACAACUAAGACGAAGAAGUAACCGCCAUCAAGUGAAGUCAUUUCUUUUAUUAGGAAAACACUGCUAAUGCGCGCGCCGUCACGUCCUGAAAAGUGCAUUCAGUAUUUAGUAAGUGGUAUUUUGCAAUGAUUUUCAUAUGAAAGUCUUGAUUUUCAACUAUGCAACGUUUGGCCUUCCUGAUCGGACCACUUCUUGUACAGCUUGAAAUUGAAAUAUUUUUACUUGUACUACUAGUAUCUCAAUUCCAAAUGAAACCCCUACAAAACUAGAGCCCAAGCAGAAAAAAAGGUGUUGUAAAAUAUAGAUUAUUCCAUAAAACACUGUACUGUUAAAUGUCGUAUAUCUUAAGUCAAUAGUUGUUAUAAAUUUUAGAAAUAGAUCCCAUAAAUCUAUUCUAGAAUUUGUCAAAACAUCUCAACAGCACAAUGUAGAUAUUUGCCUAUGUUCACAUUUGUUGUGUUGUGUGUUGGAGUAAGUGAUUAUGGACUGUCUAGUUGCCAUAUGACUGAAAAUAAAUGGAUGACUAGAAUGUAAGAUGUUAGAAGUGUACGUGAAAGGAAUGUGAAACGUCGUCUAAUUAAUGACAGAAGUGACAAUGAAGAUCAAUCAACACUGUAUAUGAUAGAUAUAGUGCUAGGCUAGAAUUUCUUGUGUGACAGACAGGCGGUGGAGAGACCAAAAUAUGAGAAAAUAAAACUGCCGCGAACAUGUCAA